AUGACAGGAGCAGGCGUCCAGAAAAUCUUCGCCGGCGACCGGAGGAGUGAAGAACAGAAAAUUUUCGCCGGCGACCGGAGGAGUGAAGAAGCCACACCGCUUUCAUACCAGGAUGAAUUUUUCUACAGAUCGGAGAAUCAUCUGCGAGACUCAAAUGCUCACUUAGACGAAAGCCUCAACCAAGCCCAAGCCUUAGAAGAUAAUCGAAAUAAUCCCGGACGCUGUAGAAAGAAGCCCUACAAGUCAAAUCCGGCCAAAAAAUCAUCGAAAAUUAAAGCUCCAACGCUGAGUUCGACUUUCAGUGCAAGAAUAAGGUACAAGUACAUUUGGUUCAUCGAAUCAGUUAGAUUUUGGGGAACUUGUUCUUUCGCCCUUUUCUUAUUCUCGACUAUAUUCGAAAGCUCUGCUCGUGGGCUGAGUGGAAGACCACCCCUGACUUGGUACUCCGGAUCGUUCACGGGCGUGCCCAUGAGUGACAUGAACAUGCGACCCGACCCUUGCCGCAACUAUCCAGGAAGGACUUAUCGGUUUUACACUGGAGACACCUCGUCGGAGGUUCAACGAGUUGGGCAGGAUAGGGUGUAUCUUGCUUACAUAUGUAGCUUAUUUGUGCAACAACAUCUUCGGGUGGAAACUGCAGGUCAAGCGGGGUCGUCGCAUAGAAAAGCUUCUCAAAAGGUUCAGAUUUUGGCCUUCUUAUCCAAAUUCAUGAUCUAA